GGGGGGAUCGGGGAAGAAAAUUGAGGUGCUCUGCUGCAAGGAUGUGGAAUCCAGGGAUAGAAAUCAACAUUUUAGACUCAGAGGAUGAGAGCAUCACAUCUUCAGAGGAUGAACGAGACAUUCAGUGUGAAAUUCUAGAGAAACAACGAGAUGAAGCCAACCACAGGCUGUCUAAAAUGGAGGAAGCAUCAUCCCAGCUGCUUAAGGAGAUAGACAUGCUGGAGAUGCAGUUUGAGAUUGAACGAUCUUGCAGAGAGAAUGCUGAAGCCUUCGCUUUAAAAAUGACAAAAGAAAACAAAGUCUUAAAGAGAAGAAGCCAGGCCCUCCUGCCCCUCAUCCCAGAGCUGCCUGAAAAGCUGGCCUCUCUGAACACCGACCUGGAAGAUGACCCUGACCCUGACCUUAACACUUCAGGAGAAGCUGAAGAAGAACCACUCCUUAAAAGUCAGGCCCAGAUUAGAGAGCUCCAGUCCUCAGUGGAUCAGCUCUUGGGUGAGAAGAUACAGCUGUGUGAGCAGAUGGAGGCCUUGCGAAAGGAAAAGGAGGAACUGAAAGAACAGCUUGCAAUGGAAGUUGAGGAGAAAGAAGCCAUUUUGAGGAAAUUAACAAAGCAGAGUCGAACAGUGAACAAAAUGAAAAGAGUAUCCCAGCUUGUAACAGAAGAGUUUUCAGAAAUUACACAAAAGCUGGAGAUAGAGCAAGGGCUCCGGCAUCAUGCUGAGGUUUUUGCACAGCAGGUUCUGGUGAAGCAGAAGGAGAGUCACAGGCAGAGCAUGGCCAUUGUUCAGAAUGCAGAGACAGACACACAGCUUCAGCAGGCUUUGGAGCAAGUGGCACAAAUCAAUAAAGCUUUGGAGGAGAUACGACUUCAUCACCAACAGCAGAGGAGUCAGUCUCAGUCAGCUAUGGAGGAGUUUAAUGCUCUUGCUGAGCUGCAGGUGGUCAGAGCUCAGUUAGCGACCAGUGAGAAAGAGCGGCUGAAGAUGGAGAAUCAGCUCAGAGAUUCACAAAUGACUGUUAGAGCACUGCAGGAGGAAGUUAAGCAGCUUCAGAAUGGGCAGAAAGAGGCUCCUCCCAUUCCAUCAGAGCAAUCAGAUGAGGGGAACACCACGACAGCUCUGCCCGCUCCUCCUCCUCCUCCACCUCCACCUCCUCCUCCUCCUCCACCUCCUCCUCCUCCCCCUCCUGUCCUCUCCACAACUCCUGCUGACCCACUGGACGCUUUGAGGAACAGAAGGAAAGGUGGAAACACUACGACUGAGCCUAAGAAACCCGCCCCGACCGUGGAUGUGAAGGCCAGGGCAGUGGAUGAAAUGAUGGAAAGAAUUAAGAAAGGCAUCAUUUUGAAACCCACCCUGAAGCCCCAACAGGCGAGCCCAGAGGAAGACAGUGCAUGGAAGGACCAAAGAAGUGAGAAGAGGAAAUCUGCUGUGCUGGAGUUGCAGGGGAUGCUGGAUUCCAUGAAGAGACCGGGUCACAGAAGGGUGAUGUCCAGGAAGCGGAUUAGUCGUAACGUCGGGGAGGCGGAGCUUCAGCUUGUCCUGCAGAGAAGAAGACGAGCAAUGGGGGAUGAGAAUGGGACAUCAAAAACCCAAGAUCCACCUUCUGCAGGCCCAGCCUCAAACUCAUCUCCCUGGCAAGCAGAGAGCUGCAGUGCCCCUGUCCUCCGCAGGCUGAAGCAGAACCAGGAGAAGAGGCACUCACGCAUCCGAGCAUCAGAGUGCAUUAUCUGGGAGGACAGCUGAAGUUGGGAGAGUUUGAUUGAAAAUCAGUUUUCUGCAGUGGUCACAAAGUGUUAACUCUGAUCUAGCAGUCUUAUAAUAAAGCUGACUCCAGUAUCUCUAAAAUGCAAAUGCAGGGUUUUGUGCUCUUAUUGAAAUUUUUUAAAAUAUGAGGCUCAUCUUUACAGGCUGACAGAAAAUUUCUGGCUGAAAACACAGCGAAUAUCUACGUUUUGAUUGUUGUCAAUUCCGUGUUUGAAAAAAAUGGGAUGGCAAGGCGCAUUCAUUUUGGACAAUGGUCCCAUUCACCCAUUUUUAUUUCAAGGUUAAGUGCAGACAAAUGAAAAAAAAGGAAAGAAAAGAAAGAGAAACUGUCCAAGGACUUUGAGGACAUUCAGAACAGUUAAGAAAGAAAUAAAAUGCACCUUCCAAUUUC